AUGGAAAAUUCAGAAACUUUGACUGAAGAAAAACAAGUAACUGAACAAGAAAAUGAACGUAGCGAAGAUGAUGACGAUGAUGGUUAUGGUGAUGAUAAUAAUGAGAUGAAUUACGUACAGUUAUUAAUUGGCAAUGAAAUCGCUAGUGGUGGACUAAAUGAUCAAGAAGCUUCAGAAAUUAUUAAUGACAAUUGGAUUCAAGAAGCUCGCUAUCAUGCAAUCCAUUAUAUUAACAGAGUUAGUAAUUCAAGGCAUGGAUUUCGAUUUGGAAUGCAAACAAUGUACACAUCAGUGAUAUAUCUUGACAGAUUUCUUGCCACACGAACAAUUAAUAUUGGAGAAUACUGGGCAGUGAGGUUAUUAUCAAUGGCCUGUUUAUCAUUGGCUGCAAAAAUGGAUGAAACUAGAGGAAAUGUGCCAGCAUUAUCACAAUAUCCCUUGAAUAAUUACGACAUUAAUCCGAUUGACAUAACGCAAAUGGAGCUUUUGGUUCUCGAUGUACUCAAUUGGGAUAUGAGUUUUGUCACUCCUUUUUCUUUCACAAAAUAUUUUGUAUCAAGAUUCUGCAGACAAAAUUCAAGAAAACACUCUACUAGAAUGAAAACUGUGGAAAUUAUCAUGAGUGUACUUAGAGAUGUGAGGUUAAUGAAUCACAGACCAUCUGUAAUAGCAGCAGCUGCAACAUUAUUAGCAUUGAACAAAAACUUGACCAGAGAAGAAAUGGAGAUUGAGAUAUAUGCCUUGCGUUUAAAUGGAUUUCUUCAAAUUGAUAAUGUGUGUUACUGCUACUAUAAAUUGCUAGAGCUGAACUAG